GGUAGCAACAACUCUCUAGUGAAGAAUCAUUAGAAACAGAUGUAACUGUGAUUAUUAUGUCUGAACUAAUUGAAGGUCUCCCUGACGCGGUUGCUCUCAGGUGUCUUGCACGGGUCCCCUUCUUUCUCCAUCCCAAGUUGGAGCUUGUUUCUCGUUCCUGGAAAGCUGUCAUUCGUAGUCCUGAACUGUUUAAAGCUCGACAGGAAGUUGGUUCAACUGAAGAUCUUCUAUGUGUGUGUGCUUUUUACCCAGAAAAUUUAUGGCAGCUUUUUGACCCUCUUCGAGACCUUUGGAUUACACUCCCUAUCCUCCCCUCAAAAAUCAGGCACCUUUCUCACUUUGGUGCUGUCUCUACUGCUGGAAAGCUGUUUGUACUUGGUGGUGGUAGUGAUGCUGUUGAUCCACAGACUGGUGAUCAAGAUGGGAUAUUUGCAACUAAUGAGGUUUGGUCAUAUGACCCCAUAAUUCGAGAGUGGUCUCCACGUGCGUCAAUGCUUGUUCCACGGGCCAUGUUUGCUUGCUGCGUUUUGGAUGGGAAGAUUGUUGUUGUAGGUGGUUUCACUAGUUGUAGGAAAUCAAUAUCUCAGGCAGAAAUGUAUGACCCUGACAAGGAUGUUUGGGUUUCAAUUCCUGAUCUUCAUCGCACUCACAAUUCAGCAUGCUCGGGAAUAGUGAUUGGGGGAAAGCUUCAUGUUUUACACAAGGGUUUAUCAACAGUUCAAGUCUUGGAUAGUAAGGGGCUUGAGUGGACUGUUGAGGACUAUCAUUGGCUCCAGGGUCCAAUGGCAGUUAUCCAGGAUUCACUCUACGUUAUGAGUCAUGGAUCAAUAUCCAAACAGGAUGGAAAUGUUAGCAAGGUAGUGGUGUCAGUGUCUGAUUUUCGCCGGAGGAUCAGUUGUGCAAUGACUGGCCUGCGGGAUGAGAUUUAUGUGAUCGGAGGCGUCAUUGGUCCUGACCAGUGGAACUGUGAUAUUAGGCCAAUGUCUGAUGUUGAUGUCCUGAUGAUGUGUGGUGAACGACCAACUUGGCGCAAGGCGGCUCCAAUGACACAGUGUCGUGGAACUAUUCUUGGCUGUACACAGUUGAGAAUUUAGACCUUACUUUGUUCUCCCUGGGCCACUGCUGUCUGGUUGUGUAACUUUACAUUUGUCGAGGAAUUGGUCAUCUUGCUGGCUAACUUGUUUAUUUGUAAGCCAUGAUGAUGUAUGGCCUUGUUUCUUGUAGCUCUUCUUUAGCAAAGGUGAUACUUAAUCCCCAGUAACAUUGACAGGGGAGGGGCACCAUGUUAAGAGUAUAUGAAUUUUAGUGUUAUCUCA